AUGCCCAAGACGGAAGACGCAAUCCUCGGCGCUCUCGCGGGGAUUGGCGCCGGCGUGGUGCUGCUCUGCCUGUACACGGCCGCCCAAUUCCUCUCCUUCCACUUCAUCACCCCCUCCAAGCCGCUCCAGAAAUACAAACGCGGCGACGCCGACGCGUACGCCCUCGUCACGGGCGCCAGCGCCGGCAUCGGGUUCGGCAUCGCGCAGGAGCUCGUCCGGCAGGGCUUCGGCGUGAUCCUGCUCGGCCACCUCCCCGACGAGCUCGCCUCGGCAGCCGAAACCCUCCGCGCCAUCCACCCGGACCGCCCGGCCACCCUGGUGCGCACCCUCACCAUGGACGCGCGCACCGCCACCCCGGACGAGAUGGAAACCGCGCUGGCCUCCCUCUCCCCGCUCAAGAUCACCAUCCUGGUCAACAACGUCGGCGGCAACCCGGUCGCCAACCCCCCCUUCCGCACGCACGCCACCUACACCUGCGCCGACGUCGACGCCGUCAUCAACCAGAACGCCCGCUUCAUGGCCCGCCUGACCGCCCUCAUCAUCCCCACCCUCUCGGCUCCGGCAGAGCCCAACCAGCGCUCCCUGAUCCUCACCCUCUCCUCCGGUGGCUACAUCGGCCUGCCCUGGCUAGUCAUGUACGGCGCGACCAAGGCCUUCAACCGCGCCCUCGGCACCGGGCUCGCACGGGAGUUCACCACCGACCCCUCCACAUCCCACAUCGACAGCCUGGUCGUGCUGCCGGGCGAGGUACGCAGCCAGGGCAACUGCCGCGGGGUCCCGGGCAGCGCGCCGUUGGCGGUGCGGUUCGGGCGGGAUGUGGUGCGGAAAGUGGACGGCGCGGUGAGUAGGGGUUGGCGGGAGAUGCAUGCGGAUUGGUGGCAUGGGAUCGAGGCGGCGCUGGUGGGGAUUGCGCCCGAGGCGUCGCUGACGCAGGGGCUGACGGAUCAGAUCAGGGUGAAGAAGGAGGCGUGGAAUGAGUUUUGGGAGAAGAACCGGUGA